AUGGAUUCUUCCAGUCCAUCUUCGCCCCAACAAACAUCCACCACCACGGGCAGUUCAACUACUCCCGUCACAAGCUCCUCGACUCCUACAACAAGCUCUAGCUAUCCUUGUACAGGACAGGCAUUAAGUGCCAAUGAACAAUUCGAUCAAACCACAGACCACAUGGGCGCUUGGAUCGGAGACCUCAACCACCCAGAUCAGUUCGCAUUGCCCAAGUCCUGA